UUGUCGAGGUAGGUGUCAAUUAGGACCGGUUGGAAGUUGUAAGGCGUGACUGGAAACGUCAGUUGUCCAGUGACAGUGGCUGGAGCGAGGACGUGCCGAUCUCCCGUUUAUAGAUGAGUUUAGCAUCGGGAUGCCACUGUUCAGAAGGUCGCAGAUGAACGACUCGAAGAGGGCCAAGAGGAAGGAGGAGGCUGAAGAAGCCGAAGAACAGGGGAACAACAGGCCGAGGUUGGUCUUCCACUGCCAGCAGGCCCAGGGCAGCCCGACCGGGAUCAUCUCCGGUUUCUCCAACGUCAAAGAACUAUACCAGAAGAUCGCGGAGUGCUACGACUUCCCACCGUCAGAAAUUCUGUUCUGUACGCUUAACACGCACAAGAUCGACAUGACAAAGCUGCUAGGUGGUCAAAUUGGACUCGAAGACUUCAUAUUCGCCCAUAGAAAAGGUCGCCCAAAAGAGAUAACGAUAACGAAAAGCGAAGAUUCGCUCGGCCUGACCAUCACCGACAACGGCAACGGGCUUUCUUUCAUCAAGAGGAUCAAGGAAGGGAGUAUAAUCGACAAGAUCGAGUAUAUACAGGUAGGGGAUCACAUCGAGAAGAUAGACUCGGUCAACCUCGUCGGAAGGAGGCACUUCGAGGUGGCCAAGAUGCUCAAAGAGAUCCCGAUGGGGUCUACGUUUAUGAUCAGGCUCGUCGAACCGAUUAAAGCCGGGUUCAUUAAUAUCGAUGCAAGGGGGAACCAUAAGAGUCGUAAAAAAGGCUACGGGAGCGGCAAGGAGACGCUUAGGUUUAAGGCCAACGGCCAGGCACAAAUUGUAGAAGAGCCUGACAAAGAAAUGCUCAUGGGAAUCGAAAGUAUAAAUAAAAACCUGGAGAAUUUCAUGGGUAUCAAUGAUAAUGAACUAGCUACGAGAAUCUGGGAGGCCGCCGAGGGGAAGAGCAACUCGAUGGACUUUGCUGAGGCGAUUGACAGCUCAGAUCUGGCCGACUUCGGCUUCUCGGACGACAUGAUAAUCGAGAUGUGGGGCGCUGUGACGGACGCGAGGGCCGGACGGAAACCACCGAACCACGAUCGAAAUUGAUACUUUUUCUUUUCUUUCCUUUUUUUAAAUUAUUUUUGUUUUAAUUUAAAACCGUAUCAAAGAGAGAGAAAAGUUUCU